AGCCUUCUCUCUUACACAAGAGUCUUUCAUCUCACUCUCACCUUAAAAUGGCGCCCAACCAUUCUAAUGAAGAAGACUCCAUUGGAACCUCCUUGCACGGAGUUACAGGAAGAGAACAAGUCUUCUCUUUCUCUGUCGAUCCUUCAUCUCAAACCGUCCAAUCAGACGAUCCAACGGCUAAAUUUGCACUUCCGGUUGAUUCCGAACAUCGAGCAAAAGUGUUCAACCCACUCUCAUUUGCAAAACCUCAUAUGAGAGCUUUUCACUUAGGCUGGCUCUCAUUCUUCACUUGCUUCAUCUCAACCUUUGCUGCUGCACCAUUAGUCCCCAUCAUCCGUGACAACCUCGACCUCACAAAAACUGACAUUGGGAAUGCCGGAGUUGCAUCCGUCUCUGGCGCCAUUUUCUCAAGGCUAGCCAUGGGAGCGGUUUGUGAUCUCCUCGGUGCGCGGUACGGGACUGCCUUCUCCCUCAUGCUAACCGCCCCAACCGUCUUUUCAAUGUCGUUUGUGGGUGGCCCCAGUGGAUACUUAGGCGUUCGGUUCAUGAUCGGAUUCUGCCUCGCCACCUUCGUAUCAUGCCAGUAUUGGACCAGCGUCAUGUUCAAUGGUAAGAUCAUAGGACUAGUAAACGGUUGCGCAGGCGGGUGGGGAGAUAUGGGCGGUGGAGUGACUCAACUCCUUAUGCCAAUGGUCUUCCAAGUCAUCAAACUUGCCGGAGCUACUCCGUUCAUGGCGUGGCGCAUAGCUUUCUUCGUUCCCGGAUUACUUCAAAUUGUUAUGGGCAUUCUCGUCCUCACUCUCGGCCAAGAUUUACCUGACGGUAACUUAAGUACCCUUCAAAAGAGAGGUCAAGUCUCUAAAGACAAAUUCUCCAAGGUUUUCUGGUUUGCCGUGAGGAACUACAGAACAUGGAUUUUAUUCGUUCUUUAUGGAUUUUCCAUGGGAAUUGAACUAACGAUCAACAACGUUAUCUCCGGAUAUUUCUACGACAGGUUUAACCUUAAGCUCCAAACAGCUGGUAUUGUAGCAGCCAGCUUUGGAAUGGCUAACUUUAUAGCCCGUCCCUUUGGUGGCUACGCCUCCGAUGUGGCAGCUCGGAUAUUUGGCAUGAGAGGCCGGUUGUGGAUCUUAUGGAUCUUCCAAACCAUAGGAGCUCUUUUCUGUAUCUGGCUAGGUCGAGCUAGUUCACUUCCCAUAGCAAUCUUAGCAAUGAUGCUCUUCUCAAUCGGUACACAAGCAGCUUGCGGAGCUCUCUUUGGGGUUGCACCUUUUGUCUCGCGCCGCUCUCUAGGGCUCAUAUCGGGACUAACUGGUGCGGGAGGAAACUUUGGGUCUGGUUUGACUCAACUGCUUUUCUUCUCAUCAUCGAGGUUUAGUACAGCGGAAGGACUCUCGUUGAUGGGCGCUAUGGCAGUUUUGUGCACUGUCCCGGUUGCGUUUAUACAUUUUCCGCAAUGGGGAAGCAUGUUUUUAAGACCGUCGAGCGAUGGAGAAAGAUCGAAGGAGGAAUAUUAUUACAGUUCAGAGUGGACAGAGAACGAGAAACAACAAGGAUUGCACGAAGGAAGCAUCAAAUUUGCUGAAAAUAGUCGGUCAGAGAGAGGCAGGAAAGUAGCCUUGUCUGACAUUCCAACCCCGGAGACCGGAACUCCAACUCAUGUUUGAAGAGAUUUUCCUUAAAACGUUACGCUCAUCUAAUCCGUUUUAGUAGUUUCAUGUCAUAUAUGAGAUAUGUGUGUACCGAGUAAGAUCUUUUCUUUGAUAGGUUAGGUUCGAUGAGCUUGGUACACUUGAGUAUAAAUUAUUGUAAUGUCGCGUCAGUGAAAGGAAAAAUGUUCCGCGACUCUUUUUUCCGCAACUAUAAGCUUAUCUUUAAUCAAACUUAUAUGUCAAGCGAAAAGAAAGAAAGAAAAAUAAAGAUCUCUGUUGAAGAUGCUAGAAAGCUGAGUCCACAUGAAGAAAACUUUAUGAACAAAGACCACGGAAGAAGCAAUUGAAUGAGUAAUCUUCACAUCACCCAUCGAAAGAAUCAGAGCAGAGUAUGAGAAACUAAAAAACUACAAAAACAUUUUGGUAUCAGGAAUUCAGAAGAUUUUAGUGUAAACCUGUAAAAGAGGUUACCUCCACAAAGAUUAAAUGUAAUAAUGAUCGUCCAAGUCAAUUUUUUUUACUCCAUAACUGAUACAAGAUUCCUUCACCAGAAUCAACAUAAAGAUAGAAUAUUCCAACGAAUAAGCGAAUAUAAUUUAGAGAAGAUUCUCAAUUUAACAUAGUAUAUAAUACGAUAAUCGUCAACAUCUCAGUCUUUAAAGAAAAUAAAAAAUCCUACAAUACCACCAAAAAUAUUACUCUGUCUCUCUGUUUGGCCUUUUCAAAAAAACGUUCAACAACAAUAACAAAAAA